AUGUUCCUAGUUCCAGCUGCGCACGUCCGGUGGUGCAGAGGCCGCUGUAGCUGGUUAUUCGCAGUGCUACUCAAACAUGGAACUUCCGUUUGCCGUACAACCCAGCCAACCACAUCCAAACAUCGGAUCUCUGAUAGGAUUGUAGCUUGGCUGGGGGCUCGGCGACAGAUUCCUCCUGACCGAAGAGUAUCCUCCGCGGAAAGACGAUGGAAAAGAUCCUCAGGACAUUUCAAAACUCCGAAAAACGGAUGCCCAGUUUAUUAUUAUUCUGGAAUGUCAUUGAAACUGCCGGAUGAUAUACAAAACACCAAAUGCGUAAUGCGCGAUAUGGGUAUCAGACGCACUCGUAAAACCAAGGGUCGCGGUGUCAGCAGCAUUUUUCUUCUGAUUAUCUCAGAACAGCAGAAGCGUCGGCGGGAUAACAGUCUGAGGCACUUCGCGUCGGGUUAG